CUUGCCCACUUAUUUGUCACCAGUCUUUUGGGAAGAAUCUGGAUUUAGCCCUAACUCUUCCUAGUGAGGGACUGAGCCCGACAUUGCUACCACCCUCCCCCAGACAUUCUUUCCCACCCCACCUCAGAAAGCAACGUGGAAGAGGUUUAUGCUCCCUUCUACACCAUUUUAGGGUUUUUAGCCACACCUGUGGCCAGUCUAGCUUCCUUUUUCUUUCUUGUUCUGAAAAACCCUACCUUCCUAUUACACCAGCACCUGCCCAGGCUCAGGAAUGGAAGCUUUCCUUCCACAGCCAGGCUGGGAGACCUCGGGCAUUUGUGCCUGGAUGCUCUAGAGACAUCUUCAGAGUUAUGUUGUCGCAGAAGAUGAGGGGGCUCUCCUGGCUGCUGCCCCAAGCCCUAUCUAACUUCCUUCCCUUGCAGGGAAUGACAGCUUAGCAACUUUCCCAGAACAAAAUAAGCGCUCUGCCUUUCACUUAUGAAAGUCCCUUAAAGUGAAAUAACUUUUGCUUUGUGUUUCCCUCUUGUAGACAGACUGAGCUCAACUACAGUAAAGAGUUAACACAUUGAGACUCCUGAUUCAAGAGUGUGUGUAACUGCUGGAAUUUCCAUACCCUUGCUUCCUUAGGCCUGAGCUUGCUGAAAUUGUGGUGGGGCUCCUUGCUGAUCUCAAGAACCUAAAACCAGAGUGACGCCCAGCAUCUGUGCUAACUGAACUUUGUUCUGUUCUCAUCAGGGAGAAAUACUUCUGAACGAUGGGUGAGACAUUCUCUCAGCUGGGCUCUCGGGAGGAUGAGAAGUCGAUCCUGCCCCCUGAACCAGCCUUUGGCAGCAACGCUGCCAGCUACUCCAGCACCAGCAGCAGCAAGCAUUUUUGUUCCUGUGUGCCUUGUGAAAGGGCUGUUGGCACCAGUUUUGUGACUUGUCCCACCUGCCAGGGUAGUGGGGAGAUCCCUCGAGAGCUAGAGAAGCAGCUGGUGGCCCUCAUCCCCUAUGGGGACAAGAGGCUGAAGCCCAGGCACACGAAGCUCUCCGUGUUCCUGGCCGUGUUCAUCUGCCUGGUGACCUCCUCCCUCAUCGUCUUUUUCCUGUUUCCCCGGACUGUCGCUGUGCAGCCUGUGGGCCUCAACUCCUCCAUGGUGACGGUUGAUGAGGGUGAUAUCCACCUCAACAUAACGAAUAUCUUGAACAUCUCCAAUAACAACUACUACCCCAUCACUGUGACCCAGCUGACCAUUGAGGUUCUGCACCUGUCCCUCGUGGUGGGGCAGGUCUCCAACAGCCUCCUCCUCCACAUCGGCCCCUUGGCCAGUGAACAGAUGUUUUAUGCAGUAGCCAACAAGAUACGGGAUGAAAACACAUACAAAAUCUGUACCUGGCUGAAAAUCAAAGUCCACCAUGUGCUUUUGCACAUCCAGGGCACCCUGACCUGUUCCUACCUGAGCCGUUCAGAGCAGCUGGUCUUCCAGAGCUAUGAAUAUGUGGACUGCCGCGGAAGCUCCUCGGAGCCCCACUUGCUGGUCCCUCACCCACCGUGACCUGUCUGCUGUCCUCGAGCUCCAGGCACCUGCCGGCCUGGAACUGGUUCUUCUAGAGGCCGGCACCAGAUAUUCCCCUUGGUCUGUCUUGAGGAAGGUCUGACCUGACAUUCCCUCAGAGCUGCCUUAGAGGCAUGGAUUGAGCACUGUGGUUGCCCAGCUCCUCCAGGGAAGGCCUUCCUCCUGCCUGAAUGUGAAGAAAGCUUUCAUUUUAUCUGGCUUUUAAUACAUGGGUCCUUUUCAAGUUCUCCACCCAGUACUAAGCAAGUGACUUAGGGGACAGCCAGUGUUUUCCCUGGGGCCUUUUAGGGAACCAUAGAUGCUCUCCUUUGCCGCCCUGCUUUGGUCAUGUGACAGAGUGAUGGUGAUGGCCUGCUUCUCUCCUGGUAACUUGUCCCCCACCCAUCUGACAGCAAGAUUGGCCAAGGCCCUUUUGCUCUGCAUCCUUCCUAGUUAAAGACUGUCUGGGUCCUGAGGAAGUCAGAGCUGUUCUGCAACUAAAGCUUCCUCUCCAUAAAAUAGUUUUAUUAUUCUCUUCACAGCAGGAACCAAAGUAGGAGGGGAGGGAGGCAGCUGGCACCCCCUGGGCCUGCACAGGAGAAACAGACAAAGCCAGAGUUAUUUAAAGAGGUAUUUAUUGAAGGAGGCCGCAGCCCUGAGCCCAUGUGAGUGGACACAGGCAGGUCGAAUGGUGGGUGCAGCUGCUCUCCUCCAGAAAACCUGCAGAGGUGAAGCCCAGCUGCUGGGCUCCAUUACCAGCAGCUUAGCCCCAGGGCACCCUCUGCUCUCCUUUGGGCUUUGACAGUAUGGAGCUGCAUAUCAGGAGGGACUGGUCUAGACCCUCCCCUCUUUGCUGUCACUCAGAUGACACUGAGUCCCAGGUAACCCUCCGGUUUGCGCCGGGCUCCUGCUCUUUAGCCGGCCAGGAAUGGUGUUUGCUCAUUAGAGGCGACUGUGGUUUCUGUCACUCAGACAGGCAGAGCGAUGAGCUUGGGUGGCAGGGAAAGUUGAAUUUGAAGUAGGAAGGAAGGGGAAGUAGGGACAGAACCUGGUGACUAGCUGGCUGGAGGGGGGCGGACAAGGGGAAGGAAGGCGUUCGUGCUGUCUGCACACUUUCAUGCCUGGGUAAAGGGUCAGUGUGGUGCUGGCAAGAGCACAGAAGUCCACGAAGGCCAGGCUGGGGCUCAUGCUGUGUGGAGUUCACCAAAUGUAAAGGAUUUAUACUGUAUUCAAGAAAUUGUACUUAACAAUGUUUAAAAGAGAAAAAUAAAAGUCUCCUGUGAGUGGGAAGGGAGCAGUGGACUCUGCCUCGCACAGCCUGUUUUUGUUAG